AUGGCCAUUGACUUCCGUGAAUUUGAUAAAGAUUCGUCAGAUGAUAGUGAAACUGAUUUCAGUGACGAAAACGAUGUAGAUAUAGAUGGCAUUGACAGUGAAAAUAAUGAUGAAUCUGAUAAUGAGCCUGAGAGUGGUCCGUCUAAUAUUGAAGUUGAUCAAGACGAAGAUGAGGAUGAAGUAAUUAAAGCCAUAAAAGCUGAAAAAUCUAAACCAAGAGAUCACCCACCUGCAAUUAUUUGUGAAGACUUUAUUGUAGAUAUUUCUUUCAGUCCUGCAAAGAAUUUAAUUGCAUUAGCAAAUAUAAUGGGUGAUGUGUUAAUGUAUGAAUAUAAUAAUGAAGAAACAAAAUUAUUAAACACAUUAGAAUUACAUGUUAAAGCAUGUAGAGAUGUGGAAUUUAAUGAUGAGGGGGAUAUUAUGUUCACAGCAGGAAAAGACAAAGCUAUUAUAGCUACAGAUGUUGAAACAGGAAAAUUAAAACAGUGUUAUGAAAAUGCUCAUGAAGAACCAGUUUAUAGCCUACAUUGUUUGGGGAGCAACAAAUUUGUAACGGGUGAUGAUGGAGGCAUAGUUAAGUUGUGGGAUUUGAGAAAAUCUGACCCUGUAUUCAGUAUCAAAAUUGGCGAGGAAUAUGUUUCUGACAUGAUUACAAAUGAUGCCCAGAAAUAUUUAGUUUGUGCAGGAGGUGAUGGUGUACUUACAUCAAUAGAUUUAAAAGGAAGUAAAAUUUAUACAACAUCUGAAGAAUAUGACGCAGAAUUAACUUGCAUGGGACUGUUCCGUUCAGAUACUAAACUGUUGGUUGGAUCAUCAAAGGGAAAACUAUAUUUAUUUAAUUGGAAAGAGUUUGGUCUACAUAGUGACGAAUAUAUGGGCCAGAAACAUUCUCUCCAGUGUAUGGUUCCAGUUACACAAAAUAUUGUUGUGACAUCGGGAGAGGAUGGCGUUUUGAGAGCAACGCAUAUGUUUCCUCAACGACAUCUGGGUAUUGUUGGCCAGCACAAUUUACCCGUAGAAUGUCUAGAUAUAAGUUACGACGGCCAGUUCAUUGCUUCAAGUUCACAUAACAAUGAUGUCAAAUUUUGGAAUAUAUCGUACUUUGAAACCAUCGACUCUAUUAUUGAUGUAAAUCAUAAGCAAAAUAAGAAAAAAGAUAUGAGCAACAAUUUACCUUCGAGCAGUGUCAAAAAUGCGUCCGAUUUUUUUUCUGGGCUAGUUUGA